AUGACUUCCAAGCUCCUCCUCGCCCUGACCAGCAUCAUCUCUCUUGCUGCGUCCCUACCCUCCGCACCUCGCGAAUGCUCCCAAACCUCGGUUCCGCCCAGCGCGUCAACCGCGACCCCGGGUUUGAUCGCCCAUCCCCAACACUUCAACGUCUACCAGUCCGCCAACCAACCGAACCACCCCACCGACAACGUCCCGCAUCUCGACCUCCACACCAACAUUACCCGCCAGGUCGUCGUCUUCACCGGCAUCCCGCCAUCAGCCAAGACCUGCUCGCUCGGUUGGCGCCAGGGCCCGAUCGAAACCCGCGUCUUCCGCGUCGAUGGCAAUGGCCUCGUCUCCUCGCGCCAGCUGAAGUCCGAGGGCUUCCCGACGUGGACCAGCGGCAGCGACGUGCUGAUCAACCCCACGACGAUCGCACCGUUCCAGGAGGGCAGCGAGUUCGUCCCGGGCAUGGACUUCACCUUCUGGGACCAGCCCGAAUUCUCCGCCCCAGCGACGCACGGCGGCCCGAGUGUCAAGUGCCAGGAGAGGAUCGUCGUUGAGCUGGCGGUCAACUUCAAUAAUGGACAGGAUGGACGCGUGUUCAUGCAGGAUGAUGCCGAGAAUGGAUUGUAUAUUUCGUACUCCUAG